GAGGCGGCCUCUGGACCCCGCGGGAGAGCUGAGGGCAUGCAGCCUGGGGCUGGAGCCAAGAUGGGGGCCAAGGCAGGACACCCCGAGGUGCUGGGAAUGCUGGUCGUGCUGUGGCUUGGCGCCGUGACUGUCACCUACCUCCUGUGGCAAGUGCCCCGUUCCCCCACCUGGGGCCGGCUGCACCAAGAGGAAGAGCCCACCAGGUCCCGGGAAUGGGGCUCCAGCCCGGCCUGGGAGCCCCGUAGAGGGCGGGCCCCACGGCCGCAGCCCGACUCCUGCCGGCUGGUCCUCGUGGAGAGCACGCCCCAGGAUCUGCCGUUUGCAGCUGGCAGCCCGUCUGCCCAGCCCCUGGCCCAGGCCUGGCUGCAGCUGCUGGACACUGCCCAGGAGAGCGUCCACGUGGCCUCCUACUACUGGUCCCUCACGGGGAAUGACAUCGGGGUCAACGACUCAUCUUCCCAGCCGGGGGAGACCCUCCUGCGGAAGCUGCAGCAGCUCCUGGACAGAAACGUCUCCCUGGCCGUGGCCACCAGCUGCCCGACACUGGCCAGGAACUCCACUGACCUGAGGGACCUGGCUAACCGCGGUGCCCAGGUGCGACACGUGCCCCUGGGGCGGCUCACCAGGGGCGUUCUGCACUCCAAGUUCUGGGUCGUGGAUGGACGGCACGUGUACAUGGGCAGCGCCAACAUGGACUGGCGCUCCCUGACACAGGUGAAGGAGCUCGGCGCCAUCAUCUACAACUGCAGCCGCCUGGCCCGGGACCUGGACAAGACCUUCCAGACCUACUGGGUGCUGGGGGCGCCCCAGGCCGUCCUCCCCAGACACUGGCCUUGGAACCUCUCGGCCCACAUCAACCAGCUGCAGCCCUUCCGGGCACGCUUUGACGGGGUGCCCACCACUGCCUACUUCUCGGCAUCGCCACCCCAGCUGUGCCCCCACGGCCGCACGCGGGACCUGGACGCGCUGCUCGCAGUGAUAAGGGCGGCCCGGCAGUUCAUCUACGCCUCGGUGAUGGAGUAUUUCCCCACCACGCGCUUCCGCCGCCCUGUCAGGUACUGGCCGGUGCUGGACAACGCACUGCGGGAGGCGGCCCUCCAAAGAGGCGUGCGCGUGCGCCUGCUGGUCAGCUGCGGGCUCAACACGGACCCCAGGAUGUUCCCCUUCCUGCGGUCCCUGCAGGCAUUCAGUAACCCGCAGGCCGGCGUCUCGGUGGACGUGAAAGUCUUCAUCGUGCCCGUGGGGAACCACUCCAAAUUCAGCAGGAACCACUGCAAGUUCAUGGUCACGGAGAAGGCGGCCUACGUAGGCACCUCCAACUGGUCGGAGGAUUACUUCAGCAGCACCUCGGGGGUGGGCCUGGUGGUCAGCCAGAGGGCUGCCAGCGCCCAGCCCGGGGUGACCACCGUGCAGGAGCAGCUGCGGCAACUGUUUGAGCGAGACUGGAGCUCCCGUUACGCCGUGGGCUUGGACGGAGAAGCCCAGGGCCAGGACUGUGUGUGGCGGGGCUGAGGUCCAGCCCCUCCUGGCUCCCGCCCCUCGCAGCUCCUGGUGGACGCUGGCUCCCCUCAGGCCUUCCCACCUGUCCCCCCCCCACCCCGUCUGGGCUCCAAGCAACUCCUUCCGCACAAGCCCUGGUCAGAGUCAAGUUUCCCAUCACUCAGUGGGGCAAACUGUUUGCUCUCCCUGUUCCCCCAAUACAGCCCCUUAAGCCCCACCUCCUCCAGGGAGCCCUCCAGGAUGCCUCUCCCUGAUUCCUGAAGAACUUCAAUCUCAACCCACAAACGGGGCCUUUGGAGCAUGUGUGCCUCCCCGUCUCUCUCUGUGCACCCAGCACGGGGCUGCGCCUCACCUCCUCGGCUGGGGGCUGGGGUUCCGCCCGGCCCUGUGAGGAGCCCGCAUCCACGCGGCCAUCGGAGAGGUGCUGAAGCAUGCCUGCCAUGCGAGCCCCUGAGUCCCGUCGGCGCCUAGCCCCAGCCCGCAGGAACCCCGGGGGGAGGGGCCAGGGGAGGGCACACCAGUGACUCUGGAGGGACUCACGCAUGCCUAGCGCCCUUGGCUGGGGGAGGGGGAGCAAGAGCAGAUGGACCGGCCCCCCUUGACCACAGGUGUGUCCUGGGCAGUUGCUGGCAUAGCUAGGCAGGCCCAAGACUGUGGGGCAGGGCCUGGUGCCCGGAGGUGGUUCCUGAAGUGUGGGGCGGGGCCUGGGAGCAGUGGGGGCGGAGUGGAGAGGACACGGAUUGAGCUGGGGCAAGGGGACACCGAGCUGGGGUGGGGUUGCAUGUAGUCCCACUGGGGCGCACCCACUUGGGGCUGGCUCAGCAGUCCAAGGGACACUAGCCGAGGGAACUGAGUGAGUGGACGCCACAUUCUGGGGCGCCCCUUCCUAGCCCCGUUUCCCCGCCCUCUCUGCCCCUGGGGAGCUGGUUGGGUUGGUGUCAGACGCCCCAGACAUCAGCAUCCUCAUCUGUGAAGCAGCACCCCCCCCACCAGACCUAGCCUGCCUGCCUGCCGAUUUGCAAGGGUGUGAGGGGGGUGCCAGGACCUCGUGCAGCCCUUAGGCCUCUGGGGCCCCUGGGGGCUGGUCUGCAUGUGAACUUCAUGGGUGACGCCAGGCCCUGGCUCCUCUCGGCCCCUGUCCAGGACAGACACUCCCACACCUGCCCGCUCGCUGGCUCUUGGUCCUGCAGCUGUGUGUGUCUUGGAGGACUCGGCUGGCCCCUAGGCCAGUCAGCCGAGGUCCAGGAGGGCUCUGUGUUCGGGCCGUGAUGGGCAGGGGUAAAGGCCAUAGCUGGCUGCCCGGUGGUCCUCAGCCAGUGCCAGGCCUGUUUCCACACGCUUUGAGUCUGGCGGCCACACUUCGGUGGCAGGCUCAAAGGGCAGCUCCAAAGAAGGAGACCCAGCCGGCUGAGGACCGAGAGGCUGUGAGGGCGCUGUGGUGUGCCGGACAGGCCACGUAACGCCUCCCAUGACCCGCCUCCUGGCCCCCCACCCUGCGUGAGCCCCUCCGCUUGGGAGUGAGUGAGACCUGUCCCGGCUUGUAACCAGCAGAGUGCACAAAGGUGGCUUGGGGACAUAAGAUGGUACCGGCUGGGAAUGUGCCCCGCUGGCUGCGAGGUCGGGGCCACCCACGGAGAGGCCCACGUGUCACUGAACACUGCCAGCAACUCCGUGCGUUUCAGAAGCGGCUCCUCAGUCAAGUCCCGAGGAGAGACCGCAGCCUCUGUCACAGCCUCGUGGGACCCUGGGCAGAGGACCAGCUGAGCUGUGCUUGGACUCCGGCCCCCGGAAAGUGGGAGAGGAUAAAUGUGCGUUGUUCGAAGCCGCUGGUGUGUGGUGAUUUGUUACACAGCAGAUGACUCACACGUGGGGUGACCGCUGCCCUCCAGCCUCCCGACCAAGGCCUCGGCAUCGCAGGCCUUGACUCCAGGUUCAGACAGGGAGAAAAACCGCAGGUCCGGGCAGGGAGGCAGGGACCCGGGAGGUGGGGGCAGUAACCUUGCUGGAUCCAGGACGAGGGCCCCGCUGACUUCCCCUUCUCGCCUCCCACUCGUGAGCCACGCAGGGCCCUGGCGUCAGCCACUUCCCAGAGUUCCAUGCCCCCUAACUCUGAAGACCUCUUUAGCCGGCCACAGGGAAAGACGGCACUGGCCCGCCAUGGCUCCCAGAUGGGACCGGGCCCUUCCUCGCCACCCACACCCCCUCCCUGCAGCCAUCGUGCUCUCGGGCCCCCUCGGGCCCUCCCGAGGCAAUGCCAACCUCCGGGGCCAC